AAUUCAGUAGUUUUUUGCAGAUGGGGACCCCACAAACUACAUGAGUUACUAUCGUCGUGCCACAGUUUAUCUGGCUCUUGGCCGAUCACGACUUGGUCUACAAGAUUUAGAUGAAGUGAUUAAACGAAAGCUUGACUUCACUGCCGCUCGGGCUCAACGGGCAGGAGUUUUUGUCAAGCUAGGCAGGCUUGAAGAGGCACACAUAGAUUUGGAAUACGUGCUAAGAAAAGAGCCAUCACACGAAGAAGCAAAUAGGCUUUAUACAUUAAUUGAACCACUGAAACGAGAAAUACUGGAGGCUAUUCGAGUGUGA